GGAUUGGCAGUAGAUUGGAUCAAUGAUAAGGUUUAUUUCUCAUACGGUGAUACUGGCUCCAACUUAGUCGACCCAAACCAUCUGGCCAUCUAUAACAUGGCUACUGGAGUGCACAUUGAGAUCACACCUGCAACACCUCAUGCCAGGUUCCACGACCUUGCAGUGGAUCCGAUUGGCCAAAAGUUGUACUGGACAUCAGGAAAUAAACUGCUUCAGUCCACACUCUCUGGAGAUAAUAUUAUGGUACUGUACUCCAGCUCCUGCUUCCUUCGCUACAUCCAUCUCAACACCAAACUC